AUGCUUCUUGGGCGACUAAUCACGCCUCAACAUCCCACUCACUUUUCAGGCGAGCUGUAUACCUCGGAAAAAAGAGGCAACGAUGAAACGGGCAAAGGAACGUCGGACGAACCGUUCAAAACCAUCCUCCGUGCGAUGAAGCACGCCGGCAAGGAACCGUUCCCCACUAUCUACGUCGACAGUAAGGACGAAAAGUCCGAUUCACCGUACGAGGUAGCUGCAAAGUCUCAGCUGAAGAAAAUCCAGAAACUCUGGGCCCGCGACAACCUUAAGGGCGAUAAGCAGAAGCGCGAAGAGGAAGAGAAGGCCAAGAACCGUGAACAGAAUCUGGAGGAGGCAAAGAAGGUCACCAUCCAGGAGGAUCCUUCAUGGCCCGCGGCCAAAUCGAUAAAGAUCACGCACGGUGCGGAUAACCGUGGUGUACGUGUGCGGAUUUACGGCUGGGUUCAUCGGCUACGCCGGCAGGGAAAAGGGUUGAUGUUUAUUACGCUGCGCGAUGGAACCGGUUUUCUGCAGUGUGUACUAACCGAUACCCUCUGUCAAACGUACAAUGCGCUGGUUUUAUCGACCGAAUCGUCGGUGCAACUGUUCGGUACGCUCAAGGAGGUACCGGCCGGCAAAACGGCUCCCGGCGGUCACGAGCUGCAUGUGGAUUACUGGGAACUGAUCGGACUGGCACCGGCCGGUGGUGCGGAUGCAAUUCUGAACGAAGAAGCACACCCGGACGUACAGCUGGACAACCGCCAUAUCAUGAUCCGAGGCGAAAACACGUCCAAGAUUCUGAAGAUGCGCGACGUAGUAAUGCAAGCGUUCCGUUCUCAUUAUUUCGACCGUGGCUACACGGAAGUCACGCCGCCAACACUCGUUCAAACGCAGGUCGAAGGUGGAGCGACACUGUUCAAACUGGACUACUUCGGUGAGGAAGCUUUCCUGACGCAAAGUUCCCAACUGUAUCUGGAAACGUGCGUUCCAGCGCUGGGAGAUGUGUUCUGUGUUGCCCAGAGCUACCGCGCCGAGCAGAGCCGCACUCGGCGUCAUCUCGCCGAAUAUAGCCACAUCGAAGGAGAAUGUCCGUUCAUUAACUUCGAUGAUUUGCUCGAUCGACUGGAAGAUUUGAUCGUAGACGUUGUCGAUCGUGUACUUAAAUCGCCCUGGGGCUACAUGGUGCAGGAACUAAACCCGGGCUUCGUGCCGCCGAAACGUCCGUUCCGUCGUAUGAACUACGCCGAUGCGAUCGUUUGGCUGAAGGAAAAUAACGUUACGAAGGAGGACGGUAGUUUCUACGAGUUCGGUGAGGAUAUUCCCGAAGCACCCGAGCGUAAGAUGACGGACACGAUCAACGAACCGAUCAUGUUGUGCCGUUUCCCGGCAGAAAUUAAGUCGUUCUACAUGGCCAAGUGCGAGGAUGAUCCUCGGCUUACGGAGAGCGUUGAUGUGCUGUUGCCGAACGUGGGUGAAAUCGUCGGUGGAUCGAUGAGGUCCUGGAAGUAUGACGAACUGUUGGAUGGAUAUAAGCGAGAAGGCAUCGAUCCGAAACCGUACUACUGGUACGUGGAUCAGCGUGUGUACGGCACGCAACCACACGGUGGUUAUGGGUUGGGAUUGGAACGAUUCCUCUGCUGGCUGCUGAACCGUUACCAUAUUCGUGAGGUGUGUCUGUACCCACGGUUCUUGGAGCGCUGCAAACCAUAAGC